AUGACCGUGGUGGAAUGUUCUAUUCUAUAUGGCCAUGGUGGAACAUCAAAGACGAUUCUAUGGUUAACUCUUUCGGCUGCAGUUCGUUCUAAGGGAGAGAUUGUAAUUAACGUUCCAUCGAGUGGUAUAGCAUCGUUAUUGCUCUCCAGUGGAAGAACAACUCAUUCCCGAUUCGGACUACCCAUAAAUGUACACGAGAGUUUCACCUGCAGCAUAUCGCAACAAAGUCCACAUGCGGAGUUGCUCAUAAGGGCAAAGCUUAUUAUAUGGGACGAGGCUCCUAUGAUGCGUAGAGACUGUUUUGAAGUGCUUGACAAGACAAUGAAGUCAAUAUUACAGGUUGGUAAUGAGGAUGAUGGGGAACAAAACGAUGGUGAAGCUUCGAUAGAGAUUUCCGAUGACAUGUUGAUUGGUGAUUCAGACGAUCCAUUCAGAGACCUACUGGAAUUCAUUUACCCGGAUUUGUUGAGUAACAUGUAUGAUCCAAAUUAUUUUCAUGGGAGAGCAAUUCUUGCACCAACUAAUGAAUUCGUCGAGUCUGUGAACGAUCACUUAAUGUCUCUCCUUCCAGGAGGAGAGAAGGUGUACCUGAGCUCAGAUAGUAUGUGUAGGGACGAGCAAACAAUGAAGGAUAAUGCAGAAAUUUAUUCGACUGAAUUUCUUAACACAAUAAGAUGCUCCGGACUUUGUUCUCAUGCGUUGAAGUUCAAGGUUGGUGCACCCGUUAUGCUAAUAAGAAACAUCGAUCAAGCUAGAGGAUUGUGUAAUGGGACUAGACUUCAAAUUAUUAAAACUGGCUUUUGGAUUGCCGUCGGCCGUCCACCACCAGCAUCUGGACUCGUCGCUCACCGUGAGAGGGCUACGCAGGGGCGUAACAAGCCUCGAUCACCAAGAUUUCAGUUCCAACAAAAAUCGAUGGCUAUUCACAAAAUUCUUAGACGGUCUUUGUCGGCUGAAAAGAGGACAACUGAAGUUCCAAAUGAGCAUUUGGCUGUUUAUGUCGGGGAGAGUGAAAAUAAGCGAUUUGUUAUUCCAUUAUCGUAUUUGAAUGAUCCUUUGUUUCAAGAAUUGCUAUACCAAACUGAAGAAGAAUUGGGAUUUCAUCUUCCGAUGGGCGGCCUCACUAUUCCUUGCAGUGAGGACUUAUUCAUUGAUCUCACCUCUCAAUUGAGCAAAACAUUAUAUAUAGACUAG